ACCGAAACCGAUAUUCAAAAAAACCGACCGAAACCGACUUUAUACUAUGACGGUUCGGUCGGUUAUAUCUCAAAAAUUUUUAAUCGGUUUUUCUUCAAAAUCGACCAAAAACCGACCGAACCGACCGCUGCUCACCCCUAGGUUCUUCAUUAAGUCUCACCAUUGGGGAUUUAUUCCAAAACUUUUUGGUUCUUGAGGCUAUUGUAAACGGAACCAACUUGGGAUAAAAUAAGUUCAGCAUAAAGCACAGGGCAUAAUUUGAUUGCAAGAAAUAAAAUAAAUUUCCUAGCCCUGACGUCAUAAUUUCUGUACUUAUCCGGAUGCAGCAUGAAUUUGUUGCCUAAAUCUAAAUACUCAAUUAAAAAAUGUACUCCAUGGAUAUACUUUGUCCACUAUCCUCACAUUGAUUGGUUUUGAAAAAUUAAUGCUGCAGCAACUUAAACAUAGGAUGAAUAAGCAUAUGUAUUUUGGUAAUUCUUUUACUUGAUGAAUGGGUAUGUGAGUAAAUCUGCUUCACACAUGAAGUUGGCGAGUUUUGAGGUUGAUGAAGGUCACUGUACAAGAUGAUUUUUUUUCUUUCCAGGCACUGUGGUGCAUCAUAGGUCAUAUAUUCUCUCUUAAAAUUGUGCUAACCAUCCUAGAUGUUGUUGCUUGACAGGUUCAAGGAACCUGGAGGUGGAUGCUCGGUGUUUCUGCGGUGCCAGCAGUCAUUCAGUUCGCCCUUAUGCUUUGUCUGCCCGAAUCUCCUAGAUGGCUUUUUAUGAAGAAUGAUGAAGCUCAAGCUAUAACUGUACUUUCUAAAAUAUAUGACCUUGCACGGCUAGAGGAUGAAAUUGAUCACCUAUCUGCUUCUUUAGAGGAAGAACGCCAGAAAAAGAAUACUGUUAAGUACAUGGAUGUUUUCAAAUCAAAAGAAAUGAGACUUGCCUUUCUGGCUGGUGCGGGACUUCAGGCACUUCAGCAGUUCACUGGCAUCAAUACAGUUAUGUACUACAGCCCAACAAUAGUCCAGAUGGCUGGAUUUACUUCUAAUCAGCUGGCACUUCUUCUAUCUCUCAUUGUUGCUGCAAUGAAUGCAGCAGGAACUGUUCUGGGCAUUUACCUUAUUGAUCACGUCGGAAGAAAAAAAUUGGCCCUUUCAAGCUUAUCAGGUGUAAUCAUAUCGCUUCUCGUCCUUUCCGGGGCCUUCUUUGCUCAAUCAUCUGGUUCUUCAAGUGGACUUUUUGGAUGGGCCGCAGUCUUGGGGUUAGCCCUUUACAUUGCAUUCUUCUCACCUGGAAUGGGACCUGUGCCAUGGACCGUCAACUCAGAGAUAUAUCCUGAACAAUACCGAGGGAUAUGCGGGGGCAUGUCUGCUACCGUGAAUUGGGUUUCGAACUUGAUUAUUGCCCAGACUUUCCUUUCAGUUGCUGAGGCUGCAGGAACUGCCUGUACAUUCUUGAUUCUUGCUGGCAUAGCCGUGCUUGCUGUUGUUUUCAUUAUCAUGUUUGUGCCUGAGACCAAAGGAUUGACAUUUGUGGAAGUGGACCAGAUAUGGAAGGAGAGGGCUUGGGGCAGCAGUUAUAACAUUGAGAGCCUUCUUGAGCAGGAAAACCAAUCCUAAGUGAUCUUGGGACUUGUUUAGCUUAGUGGUGUUGGCAUAAAGACACAAGAUGAUUUGUUCUAGCGUCUAUAUAUUCAACAGGCAUAUGAAGUCUUGUGCAUGAAAAUGAUAUAGGUCAUAGGACUCUCUUCUUUCAUAUUUCACAUUCAGGGUUGGGAGCCCGUGGAUGGCCAUGAGCUUGUAUUUUCUAGCUGUGUAUAUAAUGGUGGAAGAUGUACUACGGCAGUGUCUAAGGGGUGUUUUUUUUUUUUUUAAAUGAUGCCCCUUAUCAAAGGCAGGUUCCCAUCUGUGUACUUGCUUCCUCUUAUCAUCACUGAAAAUCCUAAUUUCUGUUGGAAAUUGCAAUACUUGAUG